AUGGCGACAGAUCAUGUCGUCGCGGAGCGCAUGGAGCUGCCAUCACUCCCACCCAACCAGGGCCUAGAGGCCCUGAAGGACAUCGUCUUCGGUUCGACUGCAGGAAUGGCCGGUAAAUUGAUCGAAUAUCCCUUCGACACUGUCAAAGUCCGACUCCAAUCGCAGCCCGAGACCCUCCCACUUCGGUACAAAGGACCCUUGGACUGCUUCCGCCAGUCCUUCCAGGCAGAUGGUUUCCGCGGGCUGUACAGAGGCAUUAGUGCGCCAAUGACUGGCGCCGCCGUGGAAACCAGCUGUCUUUUCUUCAGCUAUCGCCUCAUCCAGGAUACCCUGCGCGCGACCGUCUACCCCAACAUGGAACACCUCCCCUUCCCCGCGCUGAUCGCCAGCGGCGCCCUCUCAGGCUCCGUCACCUCCCUGGCGCUGACACCCAUCGAACUCGUGAAAUGCAAAAUGCAAGUCCCCGCCGAGUCGGCCAGCCUCAAACCCGCCGGCCCCAUGACGAUCAUAACCACAAUCUUCCGCCAAGAGGGAGUCAUUGGCUUCUGGCGGGGCCAAAUGGGCACCCUGAUCCGCGAGACGGGCGGAAGCGCCGCCUGGUUCGGUGGCUACGAGGGUGUCUCAUCCCUCUUCCGGUCCUAUAAUCAAAAACACACCCAGCCUGCGGAUUCACUGGCCCUUCAUCAACAGAUGAUUGCCGGUGCCACUGCUGGGAUCAGCUACAAUUUCCUUUUCUACCCGGCCGACACCAUCAAGUCGCGCAUGCAGACGGAAGACAUUUCCCGUUUACCUGUCAGCGCCCAGCGCCAGACUUUCUGGAGCGUCACCAAGGCCUUGUGGCGACAGCAGGGGCUGAAAGGCAUGUACCGCGGGUGCGGGAUCACCUGCGCGCGUUCCGCGCCUAGCUCGGCCUUCAUUUUCUCUGUUUAUGAGGGAUUACGGUCACAUUUUGGUUGA